AUGCAGAACUAUCUCGACUCCUCUGUGAUCUCUAUCAUUGAGGAUCUCUCUCUGAGUGAGGUGGGAGCCCACACAUGCGUGCGGGAUGUGGUGGUUGGACAGGCUCUGGCCGUGGCAUGGGUGGGGGUGGCGGCAGUACUGCCCCUGCCCUUGCAGCAGAGCAAGGCCUGCCUGGAUGCACAGAACGAACUGUCCCUGCUGACUGCCAUCACAGAGAUUCUGGACAGCACAGAUGAUGAGACCCUGUCCCCCUUUGACACCGUCAUGGAUGCAGAGCUGCUGACCUCACCUCGUGAGCGGGAGAGUCCUUCGUUUCAGAAGUUUCUCAGCUUAUCUCGUCCAUUGCUGGAGUGUGAGAGCCCUGCCCUGGAGCAGCCCAAGGCUCUCAGGCCUCUCAGCAGCAGCAGCAUCUCUGUGGUUGGGAAGACUGACACAGACCUGGCCUGGGACCACAGUGCUCACGGCCUUGAGGACCCGGUGUUGCCAAAGCAGCAAGUCUGCAGCACUUCAAGGGUCGAGAGAAAGGUGGGCUGGCACCGAGCCCGAGAGCAGCCCUUGCCGCAGCGCAGUGAUGGGGAGGAAGAGGAGGAGGAGACUGGUUUAAGCCUGGAGCUACACAACAGCAUGGAGGCUGUGGAUUUUUGUGUGAGCGAGGCUGGGGUGACGCUGGAGGAGCGCGAAGACCCCUGCAUCAUCAACACGGGUGACGUGUCCCUGAGUGAGCUGGUGAAGUCCAUGCACCCGUACUGCCUGCCCACCUUCACUGUGUGCCUGGACCCCGAAACUGAGCCCAUGGCCAAGGAGCUUCUGAGCAGUCCUGUCUUGCUGGAAAUUGUGCCUGGUGAGGGAGAGAGUGUGGAGAUCCCUGUGGUCCUGCAGCCUCUGACUCCCAGCUCCCCUGACCUGGAGCCCCAGCUCCUGGGGGUGGAGGAGCGUACCGGGGAGUCAAUCCCAGAGAAUCAAGAGGAGCUACUGGGAGUUCCAACACACGGAAACAGAGUGGAGGAAGAGAAGGAGGAGAAACUGCCUGGGAAGGAGCCCUCUUGCACUACCCCAGAGGGCACCUCCCCACCGGAGGCCCCAGUGGGUGGCAAACGCGAGUGCUCUGAGAAGGGACGGGGCCGUGAGAGAGCACGGAAGAGUCGGAAAAAGAAAACGUUAGAGGACCAAAGCAAGCAGGCCAGGCCUAGCAGAGACUGUGUGGCCCACCGUCUCCGCUCUGCGGGCUCCGUGCGCCACCCAGCCCCCAGCCGGCAGCGAGCAGUGUGUCCCUCUGCCCAGGUCUCUGACUUCCUGGCACAGCAACUGGAACGAGCCCGGAAGGAGGGGCAGAUGGAGCUGCACACGGAGCGGGCACCGCGGCCCUGGGGCAGGCCCCGGAGCACGGCAGGGACCUCCCUGCCCAAGAAAGUACAGCAGCAGCUGCAGAAGGAACCAGCACCAGAAAUGGUCGGUGUGGCCUCAGAGAAGACCAAGGCUGUGGUGCCUCUGGAGAAGACUGUACCAAGUGUGGAGGAGCAGUCAGCAGUUGCACGUCCCAGCCUAACGGACCAGGCUGAGGGCCAGGGAGAGGCACAGCUGUCUUUCAGACAGAGCAGUGGGGUCUCGGAGGUUGCCCCUCAGCUCCUGGAACAAGGUGUGGGGCCGGAGCCUCCCCAGAGCCUGCCAGCAGCAGAGUGCAGUGAGGGCCUGCCCAAGGAAGCCAAACCCAAGGCCCUGAGCCUGCGGGAAUACCGCAUCCGCAUGCUGCAUCGCCAGCCCAGCCCAAGUGGCAGCCAGGAGGGCAACAAGCAAGUAGCCAGCAAGUGGCCCAGUGUCCCUGAGCCUCCGACAGAGCUUGCGGAGAUCCCUUGC